AUGGUCUCAAUCAACAUAGAGAAAGGUCUCGACUUGGAACGAGUCUCUGAGGUACACACGGACAAAUUUCGAGCCAUCCAGACACCUUUCACAUGGGACGCAGGCGGUGUAAUACCUGGAGGCCUCCUCAUGGCACUAUGUACAACUGCAGCGUACGAGACAGUGUCAUCAGACUUCUCGAUAGCCUCCCUGCAAACCCACUUCCUCCUUGGGCCAAGGAAUAACGUCCGGAUAGACUUGCAAGUGCAACGAUUAAGCGAUGGAGGUCGAUUUGCCACAAGACUCGUGUCGCUCUUGCAGAAUAACAGGAUCAUGGUUCAUGUCACUUGCAGCUUCGUUCGGACUUCUGCCAUGGGAGGGCCCAGCAUGGCACAUUCAGCAUCUCGAGCGACAAACUAUAGACUAGACGCAAUCACACUCGACGACCUUGACUACGGCCGAACUGAGCUGGGUCCGUACAUGAAAUAUCAACGGUUCCCGCUGGUGUAUGCUGGGCGCGAGCAGCCGGAACCUGUCAAUCCUCGGCCAGAAGAUCUCGUACACCCUUGCGCUGCGAUCGUUUCACCUGCCAUCCGGAGCGAUGACCGGCGUCUUCAUCUUCUGGGGAUCAUUCUCCUCUCGGACUACCACGUUCUGGACUGCCCUCCCACGAUUCACGGCCUUACAUUUGGUCCAGCUGCCGUCAACGACACGACACGUACAAGAACACCUCAGCAGUUCAACAUGCUCACUUCGCUUAACCACAGUAUCCUAUUCCACGUUCAUGAAGGCUUCAGAGCAGACGAGAUGUGCUACGUCGAAGCAACGAGCCCAUGGUCAGGGAACCGAAGAGGAGAGAUUUUGUCUAGAAUAUUCAGCAAGGACGGCAGACUGAUCGCGACUUGUAAACAAGAAGGAUACUAUGUGCUGAAGGGUGAUAAAAAAGAUGGGAAACUAUGA